AUGCUGAUUCCGGAUGCUUCUCUUCUCCACACGCUCUCAGGCCCCGCCCAUCGCAUCACCGCUCUCACUCUCGCCAAUACCGCGGCGCCACUGGAUUCUCUCUCCUUCCACAACUUCUUCACCCUCUCUUCCUUCACCCUCUCUUCCUUCACCCUCUCUUCCUUCACCCUCUCCUCCUUCACCCUCUCCUCCUUCACCCUCUCCUCCUUCACCCUCUCCUCCUUCACCCUCUCCUCCUUCACCCUCUCCUCCUUCACCCUCUCCUCCUUCACCCUCUCCUCCUUCACCCUCUCCUCCUUCACCCUCUCCUCCUUCACCCUCUCCUCCUUCACCCUCUCCUCCUUCACCCUCUCCUCCUUCACCCUCUCCUCCUUCACCCUCUCCUUUUUCACUCUCUCCCUCACCCUCUCUUCCGUCCCCCUCUCGUCUUUCACCCUCUUUUCCUUCGCCCUUUCUUUGUUCAUCCCUUUUCAUCCUUCCCCUUUCUCCACCUCUGCUUCACCCCUCUCAUCUCCUCCGCUCAUUCUUGCCUCCUUUGCUUGCAAACAAAAUUGUUCCCGCCCACCCACUUUCCCUCCCCCCCAUUUCCCCCUUCCCAACUUCCCCUCGCCCCCCUUCCCCUUUCCUCACCUCCCAAUAACAACCCCACCUCUUCCCUCCCCCUCCCCUCUUCCCCCCUUCCCCUCCCCUCCCCUCCCCCAUCUCCUCCCCAGGGCUCGUUCUCCCUACUAG